AUGCAGAGCCGGGAGCUCUGCUCAGACAUCGUCCUGUGUGUGGAGUCCACAGAGCUGAGCAAGACUGAAUUCUGCAAUCCUGCUUUCGAGCCCGAAUCAGGGCCCCCUUGCCCUCCACCGGCCCAGCAGGAUGCCCGCUGCAGCGCCCGCGCUCCCUGGCACGGCUGGCGUCCGCGAGGGCUGCAGCCCGACUGCCAUUUCUCCUGGCUGUGCGCCACCCUGCUGGCCAGCUUGCUGCUCCUGCUGCUGGGGCUGCUCGUGACCUUCAUCCUGGCCCAGUUGCAAGCUACACCCCCAUUUGGAGCCUCCUAUCAUCCCCUGCCCACUAGAGGCCUCACCACCACUGGCACCCCCCCAGCCACAACCACCACCCCCUCUCAGGCAACUGGGACCCCUGCAGGGCAGCAGGAGGCGGGCAUAAGCGCCACACCCCAGUCCACCUGUGGGGGCCUCCUUCUUGGACCCAGGGGCUUCUUCAGCAGCCCCAACUACCCAGACCCUUAUCCACCCAAUGCCCACUGCAUGUGGCUCAUCCAGGUGUCCACAGACCACGCAAUACAGCUCAAGGUGGAAACCCUCCACAUGGAGGGUGUGGCCUCCUGUCUCUUUGAUCGCUUGGAAAUCUCCCCCAAGCCUGAAGGCCCCCUCCUCAGAGUAUGUGGGAGGGUGCCUCCCCCCACACUCAACACCAAUGCCAGCCACCUCCGGGUGGCCUUCGUCUCUGACAGCAGUGUGGAGGGACUUGGUUUCCAUGCCUGGUACCAGGCUGUGGCUCCCGGGCAUGGGAGCUGUGCCCAUGACGAGUUCCUCUGCGACCAGUUACUCUGCCUGCUGCCGGACUCCGUGUGCGACGGUUUUGCCGACUGCACCGACGGCAGUGACGAGAACAACUGCAGUGCCCCGUCCCCGGGAUGUGGGGGAAACCUGACUGGCCUCCAGGGCACUUUCUCUGCUCCCAGCCACCCGCAGGAGUACCCCCACCCACAGCUUUGCACCUGGCGCAUCUCGGUCCCUGCCGGACACGGCCUGGAGCUGCAGUUCCACAACUUCAGCCUGGGAGCCCAGGACGGGUGUGAGCUGGACUACGUGGAGGUGUAUGAGGCCAGCAACGCCGGGGCCCCUGGCCUCCUGGGCAGGUUCUGCGGACAGGAACUGCCCCCUCGUGUCCUCUCCUCGCACCACCAACUGGCUAUACGCGUCAGGACAGACCCCAGCGCCGGCAGCACGGGCUUCUCAGCCACCUACCGGGCCCUCAAUGCCACAGAGAACCCCUGUGGGCCCAGAGGGCCCUCCUGCCAGGGCGCAGGGUGCGAGAGCUCGCGGUGGCUGUGUGACAUAUGGACAGACUGCGCAGACAGUGGCGAUGACAAGUGCGGGGUCCCCCUGUUCCCACCCCCAGAGACGGCCUGUGAGCCCAUCCAAGUAGAGAUGUGUACCGGGCUAAGCUACAACACCACGGCCUUCCCGAACAUCUGGGUUGGCAUGGCCACCCAAGAGGAGGUGGUGGAGGUCCUCAGAGGCUACAAGAGCCUGGCCAGUCUGCCCUGCUACCAGAAUUUCCGGAGGCUCCUCUGUGGGCUGCUGGUGCCCCAAUGCACCCCACUAGGCAGUGUCCUGCCCCCGUGCCGCUCUGUCUGCCAGGAGGCAGAGCGCCAGUGCCAGUCCGGCCUGGCCCUCCUGGGCAUCCCCUGGCCCUUCAACUGCCACAGGCUGCCUGAGACAGCUGGCCUGGAGGCUUGUGCCCAGCCCUGAGGCUAAAGUGGACCCCUGCCCUCUGCCUGCCCAUCCUGCUUUGCCUAUCAGGGUGGGCAAGCAAGGGGACAAAAGAAGGGGGACCAGCACAGGACUCUGCCCAUCCUCUCUGGAGGAAGGAAGGAAGUCCUCAGUCAGGCUGAGACCUUCGCAUUCUCCCAGCUCCUCCCCUGUCCCUGUACCAGCCCAGCGGCCACCAGCCUGGCUCCAGGCUGUGCCAGUGACACCCUACAUUGCUUCCCUCUGGCCCCAGUUUCCUGACUUCUGCUUCCCCCUGUCCAUCUGCUCUUCCAGGUUUCUCUGUCACCCGCUUUUUGACGUUUUGCUUUAUUCAGUGAGAGCAGGUAACGCAGCAGGCCCUGUUCUAAGCCCGGAGAUCCGGUGUCUGCCUGUCUGUCUGCCUCCAGCAGUCCCCACCCUCUGUCUUGGCUUGUGUUUCUCCUGGACUGGAGUCUGUCCUCAGCCUCGGCCACUGGCCCCUCUCUUUCCAGCUCCUCGGAGCGGCAGGCGCUCUGAGUGUCCUCCCGGGCUGCCUCUGUGUCCGGCUCAGUCUCUCUCCCCCUCCUUUCUCCCUCAAAAGCUUGGCCAACUGCCUGGCACACCACGAGUUACUUCCCUGCUCUUUCCCGGCGGGAGCUCUCGGUUUCCUCUCGGAGUCUGGGCGGAGCAGAGCGCGCAGGGCAGAGCGCAGGGAGCGGGCGGACCAGGGGACCGGGGGCAGGCGCCCGGCUGCAGG